AUAGUGCUGAUCUAAACUGAAUAGCUUUCUUCUGUUUGAACAGCAUUUAUAAAUGAGAGGUUACUGUAUGUCAAUGGACAAACAUCUGCUACUACUACGCUGCUUACUACGACUGAGGCCACUGAUCUAAACACCACUACAUCUGCUCCUAUGACCACCGUACCAAAUACUACAGAAACAACUACCAGCCCUAUUACCACUACUACCAAUCCUACUACCACCCCUGUUAUCACUACAACCACCCCUACUACCACCCCUGUUAUCACUACUACCACCCCUAUUACCACUACUACCACCCCUACUGCCACCCCUGUUAUUACUACUACCACCCCUAUUACCACUACUACCAUUCCUGCUACUACCUCUGUUAUCACUACUACCAACCCUAUUACCACUACUAUUAAUCCUACAACCACCCCUACUAUCACUACUGCCACUGUUAUUACCACUACUACCAUCCCUAUUACCACUACUACCACCCCUACUGCCACCCCUGUUAUUACUACUACCACCCCUAUUACCACUACUACCAGUCCUACUACCACGCCUGUUAUCACUACUACCACCCCUAUUACCACUACUACCAAUCCUACUACCACCUCUGUUAUCACUACUACCACCCCUACUGCCACCCCUAUUACCACUACUACCAAUCCUAUUACCACUACUACCAGUCCUACUACCACCCCUGUCAUCACUACUACCACCCCCACUACCACUAAUACCAUUCCUACUACCACUCCUGUUAUCACUACUACCACCCCUAUUACCACUACUACCAUUCCUGCUACUACCUCUGUUAUCACUACUACCAACCCUAUUACCACUACUACCAUCACUACUACCACACCUACUGACAAUACUACCACCCCUACUACCACCCUUGUUAUCACUACUACCACCCCUAUUAUCACUACUACCAUUCCUACUACCACCCCUGUUAUCACUACUACCAUCUCUACUACCACCACCCCUACUACCACUACAACAACCCCUACUAGCAACCCUACUACCACGACUACCAGUCCUACUACCACCCCUGUUAUCACCAGUACCAUCACAACUAGCAACCCUACUACCAGUCCUUCUACCACCCCUGUUAUCACUAGUACCAUCACAACUAGCACCCCUACUACCACUACUACCAGUCCUACUACCACCCCUGUUAUCACUGCUACCAUCACUACUACCACCCCUACUACCACCCCUGUUAUCACUACUAGCACCCCUACUACCACUACUACCAGUCCUACUACCACCCCUCUUAUCACUACUACCAUCACUACUACCACCCCUACCACCACCCCUGUUAUCACUACUAGCACCCCUACUACCACUACUACCAGUCCUACUACCACCCCUAUUACCACUACUACCACCACAUUAAGUGCUAUGACCACCAGAUCAACCAUAACUACCACUUCAACCACUUCAUCAACAUCAACUACCGUCCCUAACCCGCUUUUGACCACUUCUCAACCUACAGGUAAUACCUGUCCAGAGGAAACACUCAACGGUUUGACCUUCCCACUCACUGUGAUUGGUCAGACUAGCUAUUCAACACAGCUUUGCUCUCCAGGAACAGCCAGUGGUAUGUAGUAUUGCAAA